CACCCACACACACACACACACACACUGCCAUGAACACUCAAAAGACAAUCACACACACACAUGUGAUGUGUUGUUAUAUCACCGAUAGAUUUCAAGCAGUGCCAAUCACGUAUCACCAUGCGACAAGACAAGCAGUGCAAUUGCACGCCUUCACCACAACCUCCACACUGCCUUAUCUUCAUCAAUUAAAGGCUCAGACGUGAAGACGGAAGUAACAGAAGAAAGAAGAAGGAGAAAUAAAGGAGGAGGACGAAGAAUAAACGAGAAAUAGAGGCGGAAUAGGAGAAGCAGCUAAGGUGGAAUAUUUAGCCACCAUGGAUGAGCCAGCCAAAAUCCGCCGGCUGGAUGAGACAGUGGUGAACCGCAUUGCUGCCGGGGAGGUGGUGCAGCGGCCAGCCAAUGCACUCAAGGAGAUGAUUGAAAACAGUCUGGAUGCAAAGUCAACAAACAUCCAGGUAACAGUUAAUGAAGGUGGCCUGAAAUGUAUGCAGAUACUGGACAACGGCACAGGCAUCAGGAAGGAGGACAUGGAGAUCGUGUGUGAGCGUUUCACCACCAGCAAGCUUCAAGAGUUCUCUGACCUGACCUCCCUCACCACGUACGGCUUCAGGGGGGAAGCUCUGGCCUCCAUCAGCCAUGUCGCCCACCUGGCCAUCACCACCAAGACUGCUGACUCCAAGUGUGCCUGGAGGGCCAGCUACAUUGACGGCAAGCUCUCCGGCAAACCCAAACCUGUGGCAGGCAACCAGGGGACCCAGAUAACAGUGGAGGACCUGUUCUACAAUGUGCCGGUGAGGAGGAAGGCACUGCGCAGCCCAGCGGAGGAGCAUGGCAAGGUGUUUGAGGUUGUCAGCCGGUACGCCAUCCACAACGCCAAUGUUGGGUUCACACUGAGGAAGCAGGGGCAGCAAAACGUGGAAUUCCGCACCCCACCUCGCUCCACCCCAUGUGACAACAUCCGGUCUGUGUUUGGGCCGGCUGUGGCGAGGGAGCUGCUGGCGGUGGACUGUGUGGAUGACAAGCUAGGGUUCCAGUGUAAGGGUCUGGUGAGCAAUGCCAACUACUCAGUGAAGAAAUGCACCUUUUUGCUCUUCAUUAAUCAUCGCUUGGUGGAUUCGACAGCCCUAAGGAAGUCACUGGAGACUAUGUACGCUGCCUACCUCCCAAAGAAUGGCCACCCAUUCAUCUACCUAUCCCUGGAGCUUGACCCGUCCACCCUGGAUGUCAACGUUCACCCCACAAAGCACGAGGUCUUCUUUCUCCACCAGGACGAGAUUGUAGAGAGUGUGCAGAAGGCGUGUGAGGCAAAGCUGCUUGGGGCUAAUGAGUCACGGACCUUCUAUACACAGGGCCUCCUCCCCGGGGCUGGAUCGGUGCGGCCCCCCUCCUCCAAGACAGCCGGGGGUGAGGGGGGUGGGGAGAAGGAGAAGAGGGACGCUGCCAGCAAACCGUACGCCCACGAACUCGUACGCACAGACUCACGAACACAGAAGAUGGAUAAGUUUUUGACUGGGACUGGAGAGAAGAAUGGAGAGACAGAGAGAAAGGAGGAGGAAGGAGGGAAGGAGAAAGCAAGUACCUCAUCAACACAGCAAUGCAACAGGCGCGACAUACAGCUCACCUCCAUCCUGGCCCUACGCCAGGAGUUUGAGGCCAACACACACGCUGGCCUGCUGGAGUCAGUGCGUGACCUGACCUUUGUGGGGUGUGUGAAUAGACAGUAUGCGCUGGUCCAACAUGCACGCACCCUCUUUCUGGUCAACACUUGCUGGCUCAGUGAGGAACUCUUCUAUCAAGUCACUCUCAAUGAUUUUGGAAACUUCGGAAUUCUAAAACUUUCGAGCCCAGUGGACAUUUGUGAACUGGCCCUGAUAGCUUUAGAGCAGCCGGACAGUGGGUGGAGUGAGGGUGAUGGCCCCAAGGAGGAUCUGGCAGCUUACAUCAAGACUCUGCUGCUAUCCAAGGCUGAGAUGCUGCAGGAGUACUUCAGCAUGGAGAUUGACAGUGAGGGGAGGGUGUGCACACUGCCUUAUCUCCUGGACCAGUACGUGCCGGACAUGGAGGGACUGCCUAUGUUUGUGCUGCGGCGGGCGGAGGUGGAGUGGAGUGAUGAGAAGGAGUGCUUUGACACCUUUGCACGGGAGCUGGCAAGGUUCUAUGCUGUCAAGAUGAAGAAGAAGAAGGAAGGAGGAGGAGAGGGGAGAGGGUGGAAGUGGGACUUAGAGCAUUUGAUAUACCCAGCGGCAAGGAAGAUACUGCAACCCCCCAAACACUUCGCCCAGGACACCACCUUCCUGCAGAUUGCCAACCUUACCGAGCUGUACCGAGUGUUUGAACGGUGCUAGACGGAGAGAGAGAGAGAGAGAGAGAGAGAGAGAGAGAGAGAGAGAGAGAGAGAGAGAGAGAGAGAGAG